AUGGAUAUCGUGCGAAGCGUCUACGACUGGACGUUCCAGAAGCUGCCAAAGCCGAAGCCGCCCCACUGGCGCCGGCUCUGGAUGCCCUGGGGCCGCCACGCGGGGCAGGCAGUUCUCUCUACCAAGACAGCCGUCACAUCUGUUCUCUGCGCGACAUGCUCGUUGAACACAGGCCCUGAAGCGGCCUCAGAGCUGUCGUAUUAUGGCCGCAGUCCGCCGGUGUAUCCUUCUCAGCUGACCCUCUCCUUCUGGGAAGCGAUCGGAAAUGGUACCACCAACGCCCAAUGGGCCGCCGCCUAUAGGGCUGCCCGGGCUCUGGUCUCCGAGAUGACGGUUGACGAGCUCGUUAAUAUCACGCGCGGCUUUCCCGGCCCUUGUGCCGGCAACACGGGCGAGAUCCCCCGCCUCGGUAUUCCAUCCCUCUGCUUCGCUGACGGGCCCGCGGGUAUCCGUGGUCAGGAGUUCGUCUCGGCCUUCCCGGCCGGUAUACACCUCGCCGCGACCUGGGAUCGGGAAUUGAUGUACCAGUAUGGUCGGGCCUUGGGAAGGGAGUUCUACGGGCGCGGGAUCAAUGUCGCGCUGGGGCCGGUCGCCGGUCCGCUGGGCAGGGUUGUCCGUGGGGGGAGGAACUGGGAGGGCUUGAGUAACGACCCUUACCUAGCAGGCGUGGCGAUGGGGCUGGUAACUCGGGGAAUGCAGGAUGCGGGCGUCAUCGCUACGCCGAAGCAUUGGUUGCUCAAUGAGCAGGAGUAUCGGCGGCGCUGGGUUGCGGGGGAGGGGCAUGCGGUUAGUUCGAAUGUGGGUGAUCGCACGCUGCAUGAGCUGUACGCUUUCCCAUUCAUGGACGCCCUGCGUGAGGGCGCUGGGGCGGUUAUGUGCAGCUACCAGAGGGCGAACCAUUCUUAUGCGUGUCAGAACUCGAAGCUGUUGAACGGAGUCCUCAAGACGGAGCUCGGGUUUGAAGGCUUCGUCGUCAGCGACUGGGACGGGCAGAUGUCUGGCGUCGCGUCCGCCAACGCCGGUUUAGAUCUGGUAAUGCCCGGCGCAGGGUUCUGGGGUGAGCAACUUGCACAGGCCGUUCGCAACGGUUCUGUCGCUCACGACCGUCUCCGCGACAUGGCCACUCGCAUCCUCGCCUCCUGGCACUACUUGCAGCAAGAACAUUCCUUCCCGUCAAAGGCAGUGUACACCAACCUCGACCGGCACCCACCUAUCGAUGUCCAGGAAGACCAUGCCGCGCUGAUUCGGACGAUCGGGGCAGCGGGGACGGUGCUGGUCAAGAACCUUAACCACACCUUGCCGCUGCGCAAACCUCGUUUUCUCUGCGUCUUCGGCUACGAUGCGACCGUCAACCCGGCGCCCUGGAACAACCGGGACCGCUACGGCGGAGGCUACGACGUCAACCACGGCUGGAACACCUUCCUCAAUGGUACGCUGAUCACGGGCGGCGGCUCCGGCGGCGUCACGCCGCCCUAUGUCGUCUCCCCCUUCCAAGCGCUGCAGGAACGUGCCGCUAAGGACAGGGCGGUCCUACGAUGGGAUUUUGUCAGCGACAGCCCGACGCCGUACCCCAACGCGGAGGUGUGUCUCGUGUUCUUGAAUGCGUAUGCCUCCGAGAGCUUUGAUCGGCCCGGGUUGAGGGAUGAGUGGGGGGAUCGGUUGGUUAGCAACGUGGCUGGCUGGUGUAAGAGGACGGUGGUGGUUGUGCAUAGCGCCGGCGUGAGGGUCGUUGAUCCGUGGGUUGAGCAUGAGAAUGUUACGGCCGUGGUUAUGGCUGGAUUGCCGGGACAGGAGUCGGGCCAUGCGUUGGUAGAUGUUUUGUAUGGGGAGGUGAAUCCGGCAGGGAAGCUGGUUUAUACGGUUGCUAAAUCCGAGGAGGCGUAUGGGCCAUUGUUGAACUCUUCGGUGCCGGGGCCUGAUGACAAUCCGAUCUUCCCAAACUCGGAUUUUGAGGAAGGCUUGUUCAUCGACUACCGGUAUUUCGACAAGCUCCACCCCCGUCAAUCACGAUCCUGCUCCCACCCUCCCGCUGGCGAGCUAAAAAACAAGAACGAUGACGACGACGACGACGACCCAGUUCGAUUUGAGUUCGGCUUCGGCCUCUCUUACACCUCCUUCUCCUAUACCAAUCUCUCCAUCUCCCUCCUCACUCCUUCCCCGCCCGCCCGAAUACCCCGACCCGUUUAUAUUGGCGUACCGGGGUCUGGCAUCACCAAGGUCACGGGGGAUGACGACACCGAGCGGGAGGGGGAGGAAGAUGAAGUGUGGGAUGAUGCCGCGCCUGUGAGGGUGCUAAGAGGGUUUGAGAAGGUUGGCCCGCUGGCGCCGGGGCAGGUGAGGGAGGUGGGAAUGGUGUUGAGGAGGAGGGAUUUGAGUGUUUGGGACGUCGUUGCGCAACAGUGGCGGUUGAGGAGGGGCGUGUAUAAGGUUUGGGUUGGGGCGAGUAGUAGGGAUUUGAGGCUGGAGGGGCGGUUGGUUAUCUAA